AUGGCAUUGACCAUUACACAUUAUUGCCCUUGCAACGAUAGAUACCUGCAAAAAUCCUCGAAUUCGUACCCCAAUGAUCAUCCACUCAACAAAAUCAAAGACCCGAACAACAACUAUCCUCUAUCCAAUCUUAAUUUCUGUUUCCAGUGUCAAGGUAUAAGGUGUCAAAAGUGUGUCGAGCCAGAAUUUGUUGCAAAUUAUUGUCCCAACUGUCUCACUUUUUUCAACAAUGAAUCCAGCUUCUGUGGGAGAAACUGCUUUGUUUGUCCACUUUGUGAUUCCAACGUCACGAUUUCCAGUGCUGCUGACGGUAGCGAUUCUGGGAAAUCAUUUAUCUUCAAAUGUUCAAAAUCCGACUGUAAUUACAAAUAUAAUAGUGGGGCUUUAGACAAACCCAAGAGCUUGUCAAGUUUCAUCAGAGCCAAGAUUGCCGCAACCUUGUACCAUAGUCAAUUUUCCAAGCUUCAAAAAACUCACAUCAGUCUCAAAAAGAAGCAGCAGGAUAGUAAGCGAUAUCGUGGGACACAUAAUCCAAAAAAACCAGAUUUUAAGAAACUAUUGGAAGCAAUGAAGCAUUCCAGUUUGAAUGAGGGGGCCAACGUUGAAAAUAUCAUUCCCUUAAAUGAAGAAGAAGAUUUUAAAGAUGGCAAAUUGAUCGAGAGUUUGGGCGAUGAGGAUUGUAUCAUACAGUACAGGCAGUUUUUAAAAUCACAUAUACAGUAUAGUCUUACGAGCGUUUCGAGCUCCAAAAUCAUUAAAAAUAUUUCCAGUAAUGCGAAAACCAGUUAUCAGGAGUUAUUGCCUAUUCCAAGAAAGCUCAGAUCGCGAAAGAGGUUGAAAUGUAAAGAUUGUCGUGGGGACUUGGUGGAACCGUACGUUGAAGAUACAUCAAAUACCAGAACGAUGCAGCCAGGUCGUAUCUUCAAAUUUCUCAAGACGUCAGAUGCCAUUGAUAUAUUACCCCUGAUAAAAAUCAAAGAAUUCCCAGGUAAUGAGGAAUCGGUACUAAGACCCAAUAAUCUGGCCCCUUUCGUUUUGAUUUUUAAGAAUCCUAAUUUAAGUCACAAGAUGAAGGUGAUGAUCUCUACUUUUGACGCUACGCACAGUGACUAUGGGGUGAAGGUGAGUUUGCCAUGUCAUGAUUUUACGCUAGGAAGUUUGGGAUCUGUCGUGAACAAUGUGAGUGAUGGAAAGAAGAACAGUAAUGACGAUGAGGAUGAAGAUGAAGAUGAGGAUGAUGACGACGAUGAUGAAUUUGAAAAGUUAGGGAGUAUUGCAGAUGUUAAGCUAUCGUCUAAGAUUAAUGAGCCCGCAAAUUUCAUCAAAACAAUUCCAACGAUUGAAUUGAACGACAACACCAAAUUUUCGCGAGUUGAAUUAAUGACCAGGAAUUCCGAUACAAAUGUUGUAUGGUCCAAACUUCAAGAUUCUUCUAAACAAGAGCACCAGCGGUCUUCUAGUAUAAAGCAAAGUAUUGGCAUUUUCCCCAACGGUUCUCCGAGUAAAAACUUACUCAAGAUUUCCCAUCUCAACCUGAUUACAUCGGCGCAUUAUCUUGCUGCUGAAAAUUUAUCCAAACAUUCUUUUUCAUCGUCUCAGGAAAGUCUAAAUUUGGCUGCCAAUUCUAGUGGAAUAGAUCGCUCGUCAUAUACAAAUUCAGAUGAUCCGUUAGAUUCCGGAGCUAAUUGGUGUUGUGUUCCAAUGAAUAUAAUUCCAUCGAAAUACGACCAGCAUGAUUACGAUUUGAGUAUUCCAUUGUUUAUUAGCGUUGAAGUAUUGGAGAACGAGAAUGAGAAUGAGAACAAAGCUUUUGGAUAUUGGGUGGUGAUACAUCUCGGAAGAGUUUCAGUGGAGAGUGCUGAUAUGAGCAUGAGCAUGAGUAUGAACAUGAGUGUCAAUAUGGAUGAUUCUAUCCUAAGCCUCGGAGAGGCUGAUUGA